AUGGUUGGGUGUAGCCAUUCUGUUCGGUUGGGCAGUCUUUGUGGAGAGUGUGGCGCAGAGAUCUCUGAGGAUGAAAGCCUGUUCUGUGCACUCUACACCACGAACGACGUGCAAAUCACGCACAAGCAGGCGGUUUCUGCCUACAGAGCACGGAUGAAAGAGUUGCAACGCAGGAAAAAGCUGAUUCUUGUGCUGGACCUUGACCAGACAAUACUGCACACAGUGAUGCACGAUGCAUGCAGUGCCCGGCUACAAUAUGACUCGGAGAGUUUUGUGAUGGAUGGAUGCACGUACUUCGUGAAGCUGAGACCGAAUCUCCGGCAUAUGCUCGAGAUGAUAUCGACGAUCUAUGAGAUUCACGUUUACACAAUGGGCACACGAGCAUAUGCAGAAAGGAUUGUUGCGAUUGUUGAUCCAACGGGGUUGUACUUCCAUGACAGGAUCAUCACAAGAGAUGAAAAUCAGGGAAUGCUGGUGAAGAGCCUGAGCAGGAUGUUUCCAUCGGAGCACAGGAAUAUCGUGAUUCUUGACGACAGGGCUGAUGUGUGGGACUUCUGCGAAAACCUGCUUCUUGUAAGGCCGUUUUGGUAUUUCAAUUGUGUAGACAUCAACGACCCACUGAGGCUGAGGAAGAAGAUACAAAGAGAAACAGGGCUUGAUGUGAUUGAAUGCAAAAGUAAAAGAGUGGAUAAAAUAACAGAUAGUGAAAUUGUUGAGAAACUAGAGGAGAUUGCAUUGGGGAUAGCACCAGACAGCACAGUGCACACAGGAGAUGCUAGGUACGAUGCAGCACCCAACUCAAACGGACACAAGAAUCACAACGAACACCCGAGGUCUCUGGAUGAUGAGCUGUUGAAGAUCACCAAAACAUUGAAGCGAAUACAUAGGAGGUACUUUUCUAGUAUGCAUGGGAAUGUAAAGAAAAUAUUGAGGGCGUACAGGAAGAAAGUUUUUGAUGGAAAGAGAAUCUUUGUUGCGGAGACGGCUAACAAGCAAUGGCUGGCAAAGGUGAUUGAAAUGCAUGGAGGAGUGGUGGGUGUUUCUGGCAACUGUGUGGAUUGCAUCGUCUCGCAUUCCAAAGGUGAUGUUGAAGAUCUAGCAAGGCGGUUUGAGUGUCUUGUUGUACAGCCAGGCUGGGUGGCUGAAUGUGUGUAUUCAUUGAAGGGAAUAAACUACGGAAAGUACAUAGUGUGCGAUUACAGAGUUAGGGAUGAGUAUGAAAGCGAGAUUGAAAGGAUGUUUAUGGCCGACGAUGGAUAA